AUGUCGAGCUCCUCCAAGGCUUCUGCAAGUUCAUCCUUGUCAAGCACAGCCACCUCUUCAACUUCUGCAACUAGAGGCAGCGACGGAUGUGUUGUUUGCGAUUCAACUGCAUCAUGCCCUGUUUGCGCUUCAGGAGAAUAUUGUGUUAUGACUUCAUUAACAUGUGACAAGUGCCCAUCCACAUACUGUGCGAAACAGUCCGAUUCACAACUGAGUAGUUUAUCUUCCUCCUCCUCUAGUUCUAGUUCCAGUAAUUCAAAUGAGAAAACCUCGUUGAUUGUGGGGUUCACCGUGGGUAUUGUAGGUGGUGCGAUGCUUAUUGCCUUGGUGGCGUUGUAUUUCAUCAACAAGAGAUAUUGGAAGCCCAAAAGGCAAAAAAAUAAAGCUUUGAAAUUGGAAGAGGCAUCGCAAAGUUACGGGAAUGAAGAGGAAUACUUCGACGAUGAAGACGAUGAUGAUGAAGACGAUGAGGAUGAUGGCGGUAUGAGAAAAGAUGAAAGUCACACCCUGUUCAAUACGUCACUGGUACCUCCAACUCUCAACGUGCCGGGAAACAGAAGUUCAGCAUCUACCACUCGUACAAGGGCUUCUAAUAUUUUGCCUAUUGCCUACAUUCCUGGUGUGACAAGCGGUUUGAGUACCGACAAACUGCAAUCAAAACUACGCUCGAGCUCUAAGAGACAAAAUGCAGCUGGUGAUAUCAGGUCACAUAUAACCUUAGGUUCUUCCAUCUUGGAUGGUCUGGAUGACGAAGAUGACGAGCAUAACCAGGUACUCAAUAAGGACGCAGACGAUAACCUCAUAACUGCUAUUCGUGCUAAACCUAAACUGGUUCAAAUCGCAGAGGAAGAGAGUGAUAAGGAGAUUCAGGACUUGGAUGUCAUUGAAGAACAGACAGAGGCGGAUGAUCUUUCACACAUGGCAAAAAGCGAGGCAAGCCAUGGUAAUAACGACGAAGAUGACGAUGAAGAAGGAAGUUUUAUACUGGACUUGGAAAUUCCAGAAUCGAUACGCGAGAGCACCCAGGGCAGUCGCACUGAGAGCCCGUUUGAGGACAAGUUCGAAAUACACGAUGAACGAUAA